AUGGGCCAAACCUCAACAGAAGGUAAUCUUGAUGAGGCAACCUUGGUGCGCCUCAUCGAGAUGCUUGAAGAGAAUAACUGUUUAGCUAAGCUUUUCCGACGGGCACGUGACUACUACGAAGGCAGCGGGCAAGAGUUUAAUAUAAGGUUGCUCUCAGAUAAAGGGAAAGGUAAAGAAUACGAUCUCCCGACUACGAGUGAGGUCGCAGGUCUUAUCAUAGGGGAUAUGUCAUCAACAAUUGGAGUACGAGAUAUAGGGGUUCAAUUCCAAUCUGACACUUUGCACCAAAUAUGUGACGACCACCCUCUGCACCUCGAUAACAAGGCAAUUCCUCACGAUACGCCUAUACUACGCUGCUCAGAUCAGACACGUCUUAACCAGGGGAUGACAUUGGUUAAAGGGGGUCGUCUCCUCCAUCAAUAUGUUGUGGACGUUUUUACGGCAAUCGAAGAAGAUCGGCUGAGGUGGGCCAGGAAUAAUCAAGAUGUUUUGCGAGCCGAGCUCUACAGUAAUGUACUCGAUGCUGUUAGCAAGGGUGACAGUGAUGCUAAAAUUAUUGGACAAAGAGAAUAUGGGAAUCCGGAUUUGUUUAUCACAAUGACGGCCAAUCCUAACUGGAGAGAGAUUAAAGAACAUCUUGAGAUAUACAGUGGAGACUCCCCCAAUGAUAGACCAGACAUUGAAUGUCGGGUCUUUAAGAUGAAAACACCAAGUUCGGAAAAGGUAGAUGAGAUUAUUUCAGCCGAGCUCCCAAACAAAGAAGAAGAACCAGAAGCUUAUAAUUUAGUGACAAAACACAUGAUCCAUGGUCCAUGUGGUGUCAUUAAUCCGAAGUCACUGUGUAUGAAAAAUAAUGUGUGCACAAAGAAGUAUCCUCGGCCUUAUAAUGAAAGUACUUCAAUUGAAAAAUCAGGGUAUGUGUUAUAUCGUCGCCGCCGGAAUGAAAAUGAGUAUGUGGUUAAAAAUGGGGCAACUCUAAACAACACGUUUGUUGUACCUCAUAACAUUAAUCUCCUAAAGAAGUACGAGGCUCAUAUCAAUGUGGAAUGGUGUAAUCGUACAAGCGCAGUGAAGUACUUAUUCAAGUACAUAACCAAGGGUGUUGACAGAGCAUCCGCAGUUAUUGACAAAGGAAAUACGACAACUACCUCUGACACAGUGGCUUCUGGAGAACCAAAGGAAAAAGUGAUUAAGCAACGGAAUGAGAUCCAAGAAUACAUUGAAGCCCAGUAUUUAUCAGCUUGUGAGUCCAUGUGGCGGACUUUCGCAUUUCACAUACACAAAAGAAAGUCGUCCGUUGAGAAGCUUAUCAUUCACUUAGAAGGCGAGCAUAACAUCACCAUUAAAGAAACUGAUAACCUCGGCCGCGUAAUCCGCAAACCAGGUAUUGAGAAGACAAUGUUUACUGAAUGGAUGGUAUUAUGCAGAAGGUCAGCAUUUGCACGGACAUUAACUUAUGUGCAAAUACCAGAAUAUUUCGUCUGGAACAACAAUUCCAAAGUCUGGUCUGAGUCUGAACGUAAGAAAGGAAAAACUAUUUGGCGAAUCGUGGCUGUUCAUCCAUCAGCAGGUGAUCGAUACUAUCUGAGGAUCCUCAUCAAUAAGAUUAAAGGUCCUAGAAGUUAUGACGAGCUGAAAACUUUCAACGAUGUGAAAUACCCAGACUUCAAAUCGGUUUGCCACGCACGAGGCUAUUUGGACGAUGAUGUUGAAUGGCUCGAGAGUAUGUCAGAGGGUGCUAGAACAGCCACCCCAUACCAACUCCGUGAUAUGUUUGUCACCUUUCUAAACACUUGCUUCGUUGCAAGCCCUAAAGGAUUAUGGGAGCGCUCAUGGAAAUCAAUGAGCGAGGACAUACUUCACAAGAGGCAAAGGAUCAUAGGCCACACAAAUCUGGAACUGGACGAUGAGACCCUUGAGCAGUACACGUUAAUCGAAGUGGAAAAGUUGAUGUGCAUGCAAGACCGUUCUUUAAACGAUAUUAAAGAGAUGCCAAAGAUCAAACCUGUUUUGCUAAAAGAAUUGGGGAACAGUUUGUGGAACCAAGAAAUGGAUUACGAUGUUGCCGAAGAAACGCUCAGACAUGACAGUCAGUACAACUUGCUUAACGCCGAGCAGCGUGCGAUUUACGAAUCAGUAUUAGACUCUGUUGAUAAAAAGGAUGGAAAACUAUUCUUUGUACAUGGCGCAGGGGGCACAGGAAAAACAUUCCUCUAUCAAACCAUCAUAUCCAGACUUCGCUCGAGGAAACAAAUCAUUCUCCUGGUAGCUUCUUCAGGAAUAGCCGCAUUGCUACUACCAAACAGAAGAACAGCUCAUUCACGCUUUAAUAUUCCUUUGAAGCUCGACGAAGAUAAGCUCUGCAACAUCAAACCAGGUACGAUGCUCGCUGAACUCAUCGAGAAAACGGACCUCAUAAUUUGGGAUGAGGCACCUUUGACGCACAAACAUGCCUUCGAAGCACUAGAUAAAACUUUGAAGGACAUAAUGUCUAUGAAAAAUCCACACGCAAAGGAUCAAACUUUUGGCGGAAAAACUGUUUUGUUAGGUGGUGAUUUUAGACAGAUCCUUCCGGUAUUUCCUCAAGGAAGUAGAGCUGAUAUUGUCUUAGCUUUGAGAAGUCAUUCAUAUCUAUGGAAUUGCUGCCAUAAGUUCCCUUUGAAGGCAAAUAUGCGAGUCAACCGGGACGAAAAAGAGUUCUCUGAUUGGCUUCUCAAAGUCGGUGAAGGUCGUCCAGAAUCAAAACAAGAAGAUGAGGACGAUGGCUACCAUGACCAAAUGUUAAACGUCGACCCCUCAUUGGUCCAAGAGACUAAAGAUGAGUCAUUAAAGCAAGUUGUCGAUGCAGCGUAUGGUGAUAUAGACCAAAUAGAGGCCUCCCAAAGUUCCUACACCGAUAAAGCUAUCCUAACACCCCGAAAUGAUUCAGUCGAUGAAAUCAAUGCGUAUACAAUCUCCAAAACCGACGGAGAGCCAAAAGACUACUACGGUUACGAUAGCUUUGAGGUUUCGGAAACUCAAUCUAACCAAAAUGAUACACUAUACGCCAUUGAGUAUCUCAACUCCAUGGAGUGUCCAGGAUGGCCUUCCCAUAAUCUCACUCUCAAAGUUGGGGCUCCGAUUAUGCUUCUGCGAAACAUAAAUCAAACAAAAGGAUUAUGUAAUGGUACCCGUAUGAUCCUAACCCACAUAGGCGAAAGAGUGCUUAAGGAAGAUAUAAUUACUGGUUCCCACAUUGGAAAUGAAGUUUUGAUCCCAAGAAUAGUCCUCUUGCAUGGGGAUACACAGCUACCGUUUACUUUACGUCGACGCCAGUUCCCUACCAGAUUGUGUUAUGCAAUGACAAUCAACAAAAGCCAGGGCCAAAACUUAAAAGAGGUUAUCCUAUAUCUUCCUAGACCGGUCUUCGCACAUGGUCAACUGUACGUGACCCUCUCACGUGUAACAAGCAAAGCAAGACUAAAAAUCAUCAAAGGCGAAGACUCACACAAACAAAAAGUAAAGAACAUAGUCUACAAAGAAAUCUUCAACCGCAUUCAUUCCCAUGAGAUACUAGAGGUACCACCAUAA